AUGUUUGCCGAAGAAGUUGAAAUUAUAAUAGCGAAUGGUCUUUGGGAACAAAGAUUAAGUUUAGAACAAAUCAAACAAUUGAUUUUCAAGGACUUAUUGGUUGAAGAAUCACCAAAUCUAGCAGAUGUGAAACUAAUUGAAACUUACUAUAUCAAAAUUCUUCUUGAAUGUGCACGUGUCGAAGUCGAACGUCAUUUUGAUGCAUGUUGUCAGAACAAAGAUUUCGUAACAAAUUUCAUUCGAAAUUCAGAUGAAUUUUCGACGAUCACGGGCAUAACAAGAAUGUGCGAGCCAGCAUAUUAUAUCGUAAAGUUAGAGUCCUAUUUAAGUUUGAUCGAUGAAUAUGAUUUAACAAGCUUUAUUACGAACUUGAAGGCUUAUUUAUGGAGAAGAAUACUUGAAGUUGCCAACGAUAGUUUUCAAGAACUUGAAAUGCUGCAAUAUCUUACCUUAUGUUUUCAGACGAAUACGAUACCAUCUAUUGUACGAAAAACAUUAGUUGAAUUCCAGGAAGGCUCAGCAGCACAAUCAUAUUCUGGUUGUUUUCUAAAACUACUUAUGAAAAAGAUUCCAACAAAUGAAACAGCCUAUAGUCAGCAACUUCAAAAGUUUUUACGAUUGGUUAAACAUCUGGAAUCGGAUUAUCUCUUUCUAGAGACUCAAUUUUUAUCAUUAAUUAGCUUCUAUUUGACGCCUGUAGAAAUAACCAUAAAAGACCUGAAAAAUCGAUCUAUCAUUGAGAUCAUUGGUGGAGUCAUUUACAUGUCCGAAGAAGUACCGAAAAUUGAGGAAAUUAUACAGCGUGAAGGACUUGUUAAAGGAAUCGAUGAAGUUCGAUUCAUUUCUUUGUUUAUGUUUGAAAUCGAUUAUGAUUUAAAGAAUUCUAUUUGGCAUGGGUUCAAUGUAUUUGUAAUGGCUACGAAAGUUAAUGUAUCCAAGGAAUGUGAAUGGAAUCUAUCGGGUAAACAUUCGCAUAGAUGGCCGAGUGCAGACUUUAUUCGGCGAGUGAUUUUACUGUUAGAAGUAUAUUCGAAGGUUCAGGGGAUACAUAGUUUGGACAGCUCUCAACAUUCGCGAGAACAUUUCACGAAGGCUUCCAGAGGCAGUUCCUAUGGGGAGGAUGGUCAGGAUGGUCAAGAUGGACACUCUGGUGAAAGUAGUGGUAAUGUAAUGAUAUUAGCUGAACAAAUGAACAAUGCUCAAAACUUGACAGUGAUUCUAAAUGGUGGACAUGGUAGUAAUGGACAAGAUGCAGGUGAUGGUGCUAAUGGAAAAGACGGCAUAGGAAUUACCAUGAGUGAAUUGAAGGAUGAAUAUCCUAGCCCCAUACGCUUUUGGUCCCUGACACAAGAUGUUUUAACAUUACUUAAUAAAAUAUUAUCGAAAGGGAAAGCGGAGAUAUGCUGGAGAAAACCGACUGGAUAUCCUCCGAAUGGAUAUAUCGAAGUUAAGUUAAGUAACGGCCAAAAAAUCAUCUACUCGUUAAGUAGAUAUGGUGAUUUUCAAUGUUAUUUAUUAUAUAAAGGAAGUAAAGGCGAGGUAGGAGGUCGUGGUGGUUUGAACGGAUUAGGUGGAGAUGGAGGAUUUCAAGGUGAAUGUGUUGUUACAACAAAAGAAAAUAAGCCAUUUUCUGUUCAUAUCGUAGGUACAAAAGGUUCUAGGGGUCAAAAUGGAAAAUCCGGUCGGACUGGACAAUAUGGCAAGAAUGGAUGGGAUGUUGGCUAUGUAGAUUAUGUUUAUUGGACACGUAUAGAUGAAUUCGGUGGAGGCCACAAUCAACGACUAACUAUGGAUUAUUCUACAAAUAGCUCUAGUCGAGUUUACUGUGGAUAUCGUUAUGAUGAGCUCGGAUCUUCAGCUUGUUAUGCGACCAUUAAAACAUCAGUUCUUGAACAUCGUAUAUUAACCGAAAGCGAGGAAUGGCGCGAAACACGUAUUGAAGGUCAACGACGUAAAGAAGCAAAAGCAACUCGCAAAAAUAUGAUGUCAGAAAAAGCUAUGGAGAAAACAUAUAGUAAAUACUUUGAAAAAGCUGAUAAUCUGAUGAAUACUGUAUCCCAAAUGCAUUCCGAAACGAUAAUAAACUUCAAUCUGAUGCGACGAAAAGCAAAACAAGCAUUCGAAGAAGUCGAAUCGCUCAAAGAACGUUCACGUGAAAAAGUUAGUCGAUAUAGAAUCUAUGAAGUCACUAGGAAAACCAAAACUGAACCAAAACAACUAGUGAAAAUGGAUAGUACUAUUCGUAGAGAGCAAAAAUUAGGUAUUAUUACUAAUAUAAUUAAUAGUCCCAGUGAUGCUGAUCUUUGGACAACAAUAUUCAAAGACGAAUUCUCCAGUGAAGAAUUGGGAAAAUUAGAAGAUCACUUUCGUAUAUAUCAAACACAGCGAAAAAUCGAAACAACAGAAACAGCAAAGAUUAAAUUUUGGCAAAAGUUUGGAUUGGCAAAAUUCCGUGGUAUUGUCGAUGAUAACCUUCUGGUGGAAAUCAACGACGAUAUAAAUUUGAAUAAUAAUUUUAAUUCGGGAAAAUAUUUGAAAAUCUCAGAUAAAUCUUAUGAAGAAUUAGAAUGGCUUCGUGAAUUUCAAGGUGCAGCCUUUCAAUAUAGAAAUAUUGAAGAUGCUUUUCAUGAACUUUGUCAACAUCAACUGUCUGCUUCGAACUUGGAUAUGAUCAAGACUAAUUAUGAUAAACUUGCUUCGAUUAACAUUGGUACAGAAAAACUUGAGGAACUUCUUCAUCUUUGGCAAAAAGAUGACAAUCAUUCGUUUCCAAAAUUAUCCGAAUUGAAAAGAAAUAAAACCGAAUGGGAAAAAGUUUUAGAAGUCUUUCGUAGUUUUGACGAAAACAACUUGAAUUCAACAGAGCUUAAUAAUAAAGUUCCCUGUUACAUGGAAGAAAUUUUGAACCAGGAUCAUGAUUUAGUAAAAUAUUUAUUCGCUCUUUUUAAUAAUUUUCGAACUUUAAAAAUUACUAAUAAUACAUUAGCAAAAAUGAUCGGAUGGCUAGUCGCCGAAAAUAUGAAUAGCAAAAAUUGUGAUCCAAUAAUCGUGAGCUAUAUGCAAUUUGAAAAAAACUUCAUGGAUAAAAAAGAAAAUUCGUUAAAUAGUAUUCUUUUAGCAAUACACUCUUUGUCGCAUCGAUUACCAAAAGCAACUUGGCAGAUCUCACAUGAAUAUCCAACGUUUUUAUUCAAAAAAUCUCCAAAUAGUGAUUCUAAACAAAUCCAAAAUAUUGACCAAGGAUUAUUAGAAAAACUCUACAAUAUCUAUAUAAAGAAACAACAUGAAAUAAUCGACUGGCAUACGAAACUUAACGAAGCCAUUUUGGAUAUUUGUCUACAACAAAUGCUAUCAAAUAAAACGAUUGCUUUUGCACCUCUUCUUGAAUUAGUUGCUUGGAAAAAUGGAUUACAAAUUCGAGUCUAUGAAAAAACAAAGUUUAAUCAAUUGAUUUGUAACCGUGAACAUUUCGUUCAUGGCAAACAGAUUGUUAAUCUUUUAAUUGGUGAUAAUCAAACCAUUGAAAAUUUAAUUAUUGAUCAAGAUGAUCGUGAUGAACUAGAGACUCGUUUAGAAAAAUUAUCUAGUGAUUCAAUGGAACCAAAUUCAAUUCUUUCAUCAUUACUUCAUUGUUUUACAUGUGAUGGGUGUCAUCUUGAACGAAAUGAAAUAAUGAUUUUCGUUAAUACUAUCCUUGAAUGUUGGACUGAUUUUGAUAUACAUCCUGAUUUAUUUUCGUACAUCAUACUUUCUCAUAGUCAAUAUCAUUAUAUUGAUGAACUUAUUUUAAUCAAACUUGAAAAUUCAAUUCGGAAAAGAUUAGAUGCUAAAAAAAAAUUACGCUAUCUACUAAGAAAAAUUAUGAACACAUCAGUUAAAAUUCUUAUCAUAAAAAAGUUACAUGAAUCAGAAUCAGUUAUUACUGAAGAAGCUUUUUCAAAUAUGCUUACUUUAUUACCAUAUAUAAGAAAUAAUACAACGUUACUAGAUCAAUUAGACCUGUCGGAAUGGUCAUGGACACUUAAAGAAACUUAUUGGCAACAUGUUUUAAGCAAUGGUAGAUUAGAAUUCAGUGAUGAAAAUCUUGAACAAUGUGCGUUCUAUUUAGUGAAACUAGAGAAUUUGUAUGGAAAUGAACUUGUUCAACAUCUUAUCAAUGUUAUCAAAGGCGCAACAGUUUUUUCGGCUAAAACUUUAUUAAUAUUUGUACAUCGUUUUUAUGCUGAAGAUAUGGAAUUAUGUGAAAAUAUUCUUGAUGACUUUGGUAUUCUGAAUUCAAAGUUAUCUUCUUUAUCUCUAGAAUCAAACGUGCGUUAUAGCGGCCAAGAGUUACUUCAAUUAUGUCGAGAAAAUAUAGCUUUAUCAAGAAAUUACUGUCAAAUUCAAGAUCUCAUGACAAAAUUAGGUCUUUCGGAAUCUGAAGAUCGAGAUAUUGAUCGACUCGUAGAAAUGAUUACAAAAUCACACAAAGAUGAUGAUGUCUUUAAACAUUUAUCAGAAAUUCGAGAUCUUCUCAAACAAACAACUAAUAGUGAAAAUCUUGUUUUAAAAUAUAUUGUAAAUGAAAUUAAUCGAAAUAACCAAGCGACUACUAAUGAAAGCAUUCUUAUUGAUGAAAAUAAUUUGCGACGUAUCGUUAAUUUUAUACGAUCAAAUAUUCAAGAAAUUAAGAGUAUUGAAAAUUGUAAUUUCUAUAUUCUCGAUAUUGUUAAUCGAGGCAUACGAUUAAAACGUCGUUUUAGUCUUCGUGAUACACAAAAAUUAGUUGUCAUGUUAAUGUUAAUGAAUGAAAGAAGUCUAUUAUCACAAGUAGCUACUGGUGAAGGUAAAACAUUGAUUAUAACAACUUUUUGCAUAAUCAAAUGCCUAUACGGAGAAAAAUUAGAUAUUGUAACUAGUUGUUCAGUAUUAGCAAAACGUGAUGCUGAGUCAGAUCCACCAAAGGGUAAUAAAGAUCUAUAUGAAUUAUUUGGUGCCAGUGUUGGACAUAUUUGUAGUGAAGAUAUUGAUCAACGAGCACAAACAUUCAAUAGAUGUGAUGUUGUUUACGGUGAUUUAUCGAGUUUUCAACGAGAUUAUUUAUUAGAUCGUUUUUAUGGAAAGAAUAUUUUAGGUACACGAAAUUUUGAAAAUGUUAUCGUUGAUGAAGUUGAUAGUAUGCUUUUGGAUAAUGGAAAUAAUAUGCUUUAUCUAUCUCAUGAUAUUGCAAAUAUGGACAAACUACAGUCAUUAUUUAUAUUUAUAUGGAGAAGUGUCAAUCAACCAGUACUUUCAUUAGAUGAUUUGAAUAGAGUCUAUGAUAAUACAGCCAUUAAACAAUCGAUUAUUGCAGAUCUUUAUGGUAUGAUAACACGUGAUCAAGUUGAUGAUGAUGUUUGGCAAAUAUUAAUUAAAUCGAAAACAAUCGGUGAAGAUGGACGAUUACUUAUGAAUUUGAAAGAUUACACAGCACAUAUUCGACAACUCGGAUUUCAGAAGCAGAAAACUGAAAAUCGGUUAAUUUUCCUAUUGAAUACUAUAGCCGAUCGUCAACAAUUUAUUAAAAUACCAUCAGACUUUUAUGCUUUUGUCGAACAUCAUCUAGAUAAAUUUAUUGAUAAUGCUAAAAAUGCAUUAUUUAUGAGUGAAGGAGUCGAUUAUGUUAUUGAUGUCGAUCGAACUGGAUUAGAUCCAGAUCUCAAUCCGAAAAUUAUUAUCAUCGAUAAGAAUACAGGCACCGAUCAAAGUAGUUCACAAUGGCAUGAGGAUCUACAUCAAUUCCUUCAAAUAAAAUAUGGUUGUAAAUUGUCUUUGAUGAGUUUAAAAGCCGUGUUUAUUUCUAAUGUAUCUUAUUUGAAACUCUAUCAAAAUCUCUAUGGACUCUCAGGUACAUUGGGUUCACGAGAUGAAAAGAAAAUACUCAAUGAACUUUACAAUAUUGAUUUAAUUAAAAUUCCAACAUCGAAACCAAAAAAUUUCUUUGAAGAACGACCAAUUAUCGCUGCUUUUAAAGAACUCUGGGCACAAAGUAUUUAUGAUGAAACACGGAAGAAAAUUACUAAACAUCGAUCAGUAUUGAUUAUUUGUGAAACAGUAAAAGAUGUCGAUUAUAUAUCAAAGUAUCUUGUAAAACGUGCCGUCGAAGACGCUCAACAAAAUCUUAACAAUACUAUCUAUGAAAAUUUAAAAAAACCUUAUAUUUACAAACGAGAACAUGAAGAAUUCACUUUUGGACAAGGCAAUGAACUAUUGAGUUGUGGAAAGGUCAUUAUAGCAACUAACUUAGCUGGUCGUGGUACCGAUAUAAAACUUGAACAGAAACUUGUUGAAGUUGGUGGAUUACAUGUUAUUGUAACAUUCUUGCCAAAUAAUUGUCGAAUCGAAGAACAAGGUUAUGGUCGUGCAGCAAGGUGUGGUGAACAUGGUUCCGGUCAACUUAUCGUUAUAGGAAAUGAUGAAGAUGAACAUUAUGAAGAACUUCGUAAAUUAUGGAUAUUAGAUAAAGAUCUCAAAGAAAUUGAUAAACUUUUACUUGAUAGUUUUCUGGAUAAAUGGGCUUUUUGGUUAGAUGAACAUUCACAAUUGAUCGAAACUCAAGCAACUGAUACAUCAAACAGAAAUGUUCUUUUUAAGCAUUUAAAAAGUUUUUUGACAUCAAUUACGUUCGAUUUUACUAAAUGGUUAAAUAGUUCAAGUCAGUUAUUGAAAUUAGGUAAUCAUUAUGCAAAAAAUAAAGAAUAUGAUGAAGCUGAAAAAUACUACAAGAAGAUUAUUCAAAAAUAUUCAUAUUAUUUACCUGAAGCACUUUAUUAUAUAUCAUUCAUAACAAUAAAACGAAAAACUUCUUCACUCUUAAAUAAAUCUGGUCAAGCUUUUCAACAACUCACACAAGAUCUUCUUCAAGCUAACCAAUUACUUGAACAAAGAAUCAGUGAUUGUUCCAAUGAUCAAGCCAUUGUUGAAUCAUUUAAAAAAAAAGCAGCAAAUUCUUUGAUUCAUAUUGAAGCAUUCAGUGAACAACAAAAAUGUAUAUCACAAAUCUAUCAUCUAUUUAUAAAUAGUAUUGAAGAUAUUCUGGGGCAUUCAGUAAUGAAUAAUUCUUUUAUCAAUGCAGAGAUUAAUGAAAUACUUGCAUUAAUAAAUCGGAAAGCUAAAAUUAAUCCGAAUGAAAUUAAAAAUCAACAAAGCUUUGAUAAAUUUGAUUCGAUUAAUUUGUCUGAUUUAACACAAUACAAGAUUUCGACAGAAGAUGGAAUUGCAAUUCUUGAAAUUCUCAGUCGAAAUGAUGAUGGAAUUUUAGAAAUUACAGAAGGUAAAUAUAGAUUAAAAGCAAACAUAGAUUGUUCAGCAUUACCACAAUGUUAUCAAGAUGCUGUUUCUGCGAUUCUAAAUUCAAAAUUUGCAUAUCAACUAGCUUAUCAACACUUAGAAAAACAAUAUAAUGAUAUUCAAGAAAAUCAAAAGGCAGAUAUUAGCACAAAGUUACAACUUCGAUUGACUUCUAAGCCUUAUGAACAAUUAUUUUAUGAUUUGAUCGAUCGAGGUAUAAUCGAAGAUGUACAAGUGAAUUAUGCAAUACUUAAACGAAUUGAUUUGAAGGAUGUAUUCGAAAGACCCAUAGAUACUUAUGCAAAAAAUCAUCAAAAUCUUUCAAAGAAAGAAAACAUUGAAUUUAUUAAGAAAACACUUGAACAACUUCGUUGUGGAAUUGACAAAUAUGAUACACCAGAUUGUUUUUUUUCAUCUCUUGAAUAUGCAUUAAAGAUGCAACAAAAUUCAUGUGUUGUUGAAGCAUCAUGGUUUUCAUUGAAUGGAUUAGAAAACUUGAUAACUCUAGAAGAACAACGUUAUUCAUGGAAAUUUUGGAGAAAUUUUGCAGUUGUUGUUGCUCUAGGAAUAUCACAAAUUGUUGCCGGUGCAGUACUGGAAAUUUUUACAGCUGGAGUUGGUACUUAUGCUGCAUCAUUUUUGAUCAAUGAAGGUAUUAGCGAUCUAUUUUUCGCAGCUGGAAGUUUAUUCAGUGGAUAUAUGAGAAUGUCUGGCUAUUGGGAACAUAAAAAAUGGAGCAUGGCUAUGAGUGCAGUCACCUGUAUGAUUGGUGGUGUUCUAGCACGUGGUCGAACUGUAUCACGAAUCGGUAAUAAAGUUGUCGGCCCGGUACGUGCCGAAGGCGGUAAAAAAAUUGCUCAAAUGGUUGGUAAAGAACUCAUUCAAAAUGUCGGAAGGAAAACAGUUAUUAAAGAGACAAUGAAACGAAUUGGUUGUAAAGUACUUGAAGGAGUUGCAUAUGGUGCUGCACAAGGUGCUGUUGAUCAUAUCGUUACAAAUUAUCUAAAUGAUGUUUGUGAAGCAAUCCAGAAGACUAUUACGAGCAAUCUCGAUGUUAUCUUUCAAAAACAUCCACUAAAUGAAGUUGUGUCCGAUGCUUACAUGACUCUUGGCGAAGAUCAGGCACGUUUACUCAUGGAUCAAGUCACCCGAGAAUGUUUCGAAGGUCAAUCUAUGUUACAAACAAUGUAUAGCUGGUGUAAACGUAUCUAUGGAGCAGUUUCACGUGGUAUUGGUGAAGCUAUGCGAAAAAUUGGAAAAGCUGACUCAGCUAAAUCGAUACAGACAGUGCUUUUAGUUCUGAAAACCUUACAAAGCGUAUCGUUAAUUGAAGGUGUCAUGACUGAACUCGUCAAAGUGCAAGGAUCUGCUAAAAAAUUUCUCGAUAAAGCUACAAAAAUUAUUCAGGAAGCAAUCGAUGAGAAAACAUCGGCGACAACUACACGUAUAAGUGCACCGACGAAUGUUAAAAUUUCUUGCGAACGAUCAACACAACAAUGGAAGCAAGUGUUAAUACAAACGUCCAAUCAAGCUAUUGCCAAUCAAAUAGUUGCCCCUCUGUUGUCAUUCGGUGCCAAUCAAUUAAUCAGUCUUGCUGGCAAUGCAAUAAAAACGAAAUAUCGCUCAAUGAAAGAAGAAAAAUAUCAAAAACAAUUUGAUUCUCUCAAGAAAGAGUUUGAUGAUAAAACAAAAAGUGAACAAAUGGAUUCUGAUGAACAUAAAAAAGAACUUCAAACUUAUCAUGAUAAUUUAAUGAAAUUAUUAGCUAAAACAAGAAGUCAAAAAAUGUUUGCUAAUAUUCUACGUGAAAAUGUGCCCAUGGAUAUGGUAUGUGCUGAAGCAUGUGCAUUUCUUGUACAUGAAUAUAUGAGCGAAAUGAACAUAACCGGUGAUGGUAAAAAAUUUACUGGUAUUCGUAUUGUUGUUGAAGGUGAAGAUGGUUCAUCCCAUGAUUAUUCAAGUUCAUCGAAUCCAUCGCAUACAACAACAAUUGCACUCGAAAAUAAUCAUUUUCUUGUGCAUGGAGAUGAAAAUGAAAAUGUUGGUACAGCGAAAAAUAAUUGCCUUCAUCAAGCACUUGUGAGUAAAUAUCCUGGAUUGAAAGAAGCGUUUCCCGAUGGUGCAGCUUUUCGGCAACAUUUGUCAAAUUAUGUUGAGAAUGACAAAUAUUUGCGUUAUAUAAUUUCUCAAGGUUGGCAUAAGUUCUCCAUCAUCAAAGGUAGUUAUGGAGGCCAAAUUGAUCAGAAAAAGUUUAAUCAACAGGAAAGUUAUAAGAAACUUCUAAGAACUCUUGAAGAUGUUAAAAAACCCUCAAAAAUCACGCCAGAGGAUAAACAAGUAGAUGAUGCCAUGAAAAGAAUUCACAAGAUAACCGAAAAUUUCAGAACGUAUUUGAAUAAAGAAGUUGAACAAGAUCGUGAAUUACGAAAAGAUCUCAAAGAGAUAAUGUCGAAUUUUGACUCCCGUGUCGAUCUAAUAUUUAGCAACGACUUCGCCAGAGUGCUUGAAAGAUUCCAAUUACGAGCUGAACAAGCUGACCUCUAUCCACAAAAUCCUCUUGUAGUUCAUCCUGCUGAUCGGGUCAAUUUUGCACAAACUGACCUCGAAUUAGAAUCUUUAGUUGGCAAAUCCGUGAAAUUAUCCGAACAUACAAGUAUUAUCGCAAGUGUAAUUCAUGCUGAGAUAAACAAAGAAGUACCGGAAGAAGGUCGUCGAGUCAAUACAACUGCUGUAGGUAUUCACAAAAAAACUCUAUAUGUAGCUGUGAAUCACAUUGAAAAAAGCAACGUUCAACAAAGGUAUGGAAUCAGUGAUGACAAAUGCGAGCGAAUACGUGAUUUGUUAAUACAGAAAAAUCUUCUUGCGGGACGUAAUGAAAUUGUCUUUUUAAAACCAGAUACGAUGCUGAACCUUCGUGCACCACACGCCGAAAUGCAAAUUUUGAGUUUUUGGAAAAAAAAUGGAAUAUUACAAGACUGUAACGUUCUAGACUCGAGCAAACCAAGCCCAAUAGGAGCAUCGAAACCGAUAUGUGUUUGUUGUAGUACUUUAAUGAGCCGUCAAAAUAUUCAUCAUACCAUCCAUGGAAAAGCAAACAUUCCAAAAAAUUGGAGUGAUCCUAGGGCGAUGAAUGUCAGAGUGCAGCAAAAACUAAGUACGAAGUCGUAA